AUGGCUUCAUUCGGCAGUUUCUUCCGCUCUAUGUGGCACGAUAUCACCAGCUAUGACCGACAUUCCUCAUUUGACUCUCCGCAAAGGACAGGGCGCCAUGUUCCUCUCCAUGGCCGUAAUGGCCUCACUUCGAUAGCAACCGCCUCCGAUUCUCGCAACGACAUUUCCUCCCCUUACCACGACGAAUCCACCCGCCCUUCGGCGCACUUUGAUGCCGCCUAUGCCCCCAACACUCCCGGUCUUCCGAUGAGCCCCAGUGGGAGGCCAUAUUCGCCCGGCAUGAGGUCCAUCAACACGCGGGCAUCCGUCCCACCCGAUGCUUUCGACAUGCAGAGCCCCACCGGGUCGAUUCCGAUGCAGUCUUUCCAGGAUGGCCAGCCGCCCGCGCCACCGAUCCACAACUCGUGGAAUCGGAUCGACGCCUGGGCCGAGGAGCACUACAUGGAACUUUGGGAUCAGCUCUGCGAAGGCGCCACUAACAACGAUUUGAACGAUCUCGAGCACCAGCUCGACUGCUCCCUUCCUCAGGACGUCCGCGAGUCCCUGAUGAUCCACGAUGGCCAAGAAAGAGGCGGCAACCCCACGGGCAUCAUUUUUGGGUCCAUGCUUUUGGACUGCGAAGAGAUUGUUCAGGAGUGGGAGAACUGGGUAAAGGUCAACCAAGAAUUCCUGCUCGAGGCGACAUUCCCCAGGCCCGCUGUGCCUUCCAAGAUUCUGGGAGGAAGCAGCCACGCUUCGACUUCGGCGGCCUCGUCCAGCUCGGCCCCCGUUUCGCCCCAGAAUGGCAACUGGAGACAAGAACUGCUCGCUCGUCAGGACAGUGUCCCCGCCGGUGCCAUCCAGAAGGUGUAUGCGCACCCCGCGUGGAUUCCUCUUGUUCGCGAUUGGGGUGGAAACAACUUGGCUGUUGACUUGGCGCCUGGACCCAAGGGUACCUGGGGCCAGGUUAUUCUGUUUGGUCGCGACUACGACACCAAGUACGUAGUCGCGAAGUCGUGGGCUCAUUUAGUGGCUACUGUUGCGGACGAUCUUGGCAGCGGCAGAUGGUUCAUCGAUGAUGAUUCGGGCGAGCUUAAGCUGCGCGAGUUUAAGAGUGCCCGCGUUGAGCCCGGUUAUUUCGACAUUUUGAGGUGGAGGUGUGACCAGAAGUAUGGUCGUACCGCCAACAAGCGCAGGUCGAUGGCUCCUCCAAGGGGUGCAACCAGUGCGCCCACUUCGCCCUAUGCCAACGCGGCUGAUUCCAACGCUGAGCCUCGUGGUCGGUCGCUCCAGAGGUUGAGCCAGAUUUCUCCCAUGCCCAGCCCAAUUCGGCCAGGUGUUGGAAAGGCGAGCCCAUUGGCGAGAGUGGCCGAGGAGGUUCCCUUGACAUCGGCGACGAACAGUAUCAAGGUGCCGGAGAAGUUGGUUGAGGUCGACACCCCAAGACACAGCGGAGAGGAGAACAAAGAAAGUGCCCCGAGGUUAGCUGCCCUUGCUGCAAAUGGCGAGGUCAGCCCUCCUCCCGAGGUCACCAUCACUGAGCCUUCUCAGACAAAUGGCACGUCAUCAGCGCCUGGCAGCAAACGAAGCAGCAAGCAGGCCACCGUUGUUGAGGUGGAAGAGACGACACUGAAGACCAUUGAGAUCUAG